AUGAGGUUCAGCUUUUCCUCCCUGGCAGUGUCUGCCCUGCUCUGUAUAGGGGCAGCAACAGCACACAACAUUCCGCUGAAAGCGCACUCGAGGGAAUGUUUCUUUGAAACCCUACACAGCGGCGAUACUAUGAUUAUUGGCUUCCAAACUGGUGAUACCGAGUUUGGUGGAAGCGGGAACCUCGACAUUAAUUUCUGGGUCGAUGACCCAACUGGCCAUAGACUUUAUAGCAAGAGCUCAGUAUCCGCCGACGACUUCAGUUUCACUGCCAACCGAGAUGGAAAGCACAUCUACUGCUUUGGAAACGAGGCCUGGUCAUCGAACAGCAAGGAGGUUUCCUUCAACAUCCACGGAACCGUAUACGUACCUGCAGACGGACAGCCCGCUGACCCGCUAGAGGCUGAAGUACGAAAGCUCUCCGAGGAACUCAGCCAGGUCAAAGACGAGCAGUCGUACAUUAUCAUCCGUGAACGUACCCACCGAAAUACCGCAGAGAGCACCAACGCGAGAGUAAAGUGGUGGAGUCUCUUCCAGCUGUUCGUGCUCAUCGCGAACGGUAUCUUCCAGGUUUGGUGGCUGAAGCGGUUCUUCGAGGUUAAGAGAGUCGUUUAA